AUGGCCCUGGGCGAGCUGGCGCUGCUCCGCUGGCUGCACGACAGCCGCCACUCGCGGAAGCUCAUCCUGUUCAUCGUGUUCCUCGCGCUGCUGCUGGACAACAUGCUGCUCACCGUCGUGGUCCCCAUCAUUCCCAGUUACCUGUACAGCAUUAAGCAUGAGAAAAAUACGACAGAAAUCCAGACUCCCAGGCCAGUGCUCCCAGCCUCCACUUCGGGAAGCUUCCAGAGCAUCUUUUCCUACUAUGACAACUCCACCAUGGUCACUGGGAACAGCACUGGAGACCGUCAUGGGGGACAGCCACAUAAAGCCACCACCACCCAGCACAUGGUGACCAACACAUCCGCCACCCCUUCUGACUGUCCCAGUGAAGACAAAGACCUCCUGAAUGAAAACGUGCAAGUUGGCCUGCUGUUCGCCUCCAAAGCCACGGUUCAGCUCCUCACCAACCCUUUCAUAGGGCUGCUCACCAACAGAAUCGGCUAUCCAAUUCCCAUGUUUGCAGGAUUUUGCAUCAUGUUUCUCUCAACAAUUAUGUUUGCCUUCUCCAGCAGCUAUGCCUUCCUGCUGAUCGCCAGGUCUCUCCAGGGCAUUGGCUCCUCCUGCUCCUCGGUGGCUGGGAUGGGCAUGCUUGCCAGUGUGUACACAGAUGACGAAGAGAGGGGCAAUGCCAUGGGCAUCGCCUUGGGAGGCCUGGCCAUGGGGGUCUUAGUGGGACCCCCCUUUGGGAGCGUCCUCUAUGAGUUUGUGGGGAAGACCGCCCCGUUCCUGGUGCUGGCUGCCUUUGUACUCUUGGAUGGCGCUGUUCAGCUCUUUGUGCUCCAGCCAUCCCGGGUGCAGCCGGAGAGUCAGAAGGGGACACCCCUAACCACCCUGCUGAAGGACCCCUACAUCCUCAUUGCCGCAGGCUCCAUCUGCUUUGCGAACAUGGGGAUCGCCAUGCUGGAGCCCGCCCUGCCCAUCUGGAUGAUGGAGACCAUGUGUUCUCGAAAGUGGCAGCUGGGCGUGGCUUUCUUGCCAGCGAGUAUCUCUUAUCUCAUUGGAACCAAUAUUUUUGGGAUACUGGCACACAAAAUGGGAAGGUGGCUUUGUGCCCUGCUGGGAAUGACAGUUGUUGGAAUUAGCAUUUUAUGUAUUCCUUUUGCAAAAAACAUCUAUGGACUCAUCGCUCCCAACUUUGGAGUUGGCUUUGCAAUCGGGAUGGUAGACUCCUCGAUGAUGCCCAUCAUGGCCUACCUCGUAGACCUGCGGCAUGUGUCCGUCUAUGGGAGUGUAUACGCCAUUGCGGAUGUGGCCUUCUGUAUGGGCUACGCUAUAGGUCCCUCUGCCGGUGGUGCUAUUGCGAAGGCCAUUGGAUUUCCGUGGCUCAUGACAAUUAUCGGGAUAAUAGACAUAGCUUUCGCGCCUCUCUGCUUUUUUCUUCGAAGUCCACCUGCCAAGGAAGAAAAAAUGGCUAUUCUCAUGGAUCACAACUGCCCUGUUAAAACAAAAAUGUAUACCCAGAAUAAUAUCCAGUCCUACCCGUUAGGCGAUGAUGAGGAAUCUGAAAGUGACUGAGACUCUCUAAGUCAUCCGAGUGUUUAACUGUAUUAGAAGUGUUUCCAGUGAAAUGACUUGUGCAGAGCUGUCUUAGUCACACACCAUUCAUCCCUGGCAAAGAGUAAAACAACCAAAGGUGAUUCUUUCUUUCCAUGGUUAUGAACGACUGCCAACAGCCUUAUAAAGAAAAAGCGGCUUUUCUAGUGGUUUGUAUAAAUAGUGUUGAAAACUUUAUUUUGUGUAUUUGAUUUUAUUAAAUAUUAUACAAUAUAUUUUGACGAAAUAGGUAUAUUGUAAAUCUAUAAAUAUUUGAAUCCAAAUCAAAUAUAAUUUUUUAACUUACAUUCACAAACACUUGGA